AUGAGUCCUACCCCUCUGCUGGUCCUUCUGGGGGUCACUCUCAUCCUGCCCCGAGUCAAGACCCUGACCUGCCAGCAAGGUACACUAAACAAAGUCUACAAUGUAACUGAACUGCCCCUCCAGUGGACAGCAGAGCAAGGAGACUGUGAGGAAGGCUGGGGUUGCCAAGACACAAUGAUGCUCAUUCAUAAUGGACCCUUGGUGAAUCUGGUGCUCAUCAAGGGCUGCACUCAGGACCCAGACCAGGAGGUCCAAGUCACUGAGCACAGAUCCAGCCCUGGCCUCUCCAUUACCUCCUACACGCAUGUGUGCCGGAAUAACUUGUGCAACAACCUCGCCAACAGCAUCCCACUCUGGGAGCCACUGCAGCCAUUGACCACAGUUACCCCACCAUCAGAGGCCUUGCAGUGCCCCAUCUGCAUGUCCACAAACGGGUGCCCGGAGAGAGGGACCAAGUUCCUCUGCCCUCCAGGGACCACGGAUUGUUACAACGGUGUCGUCACACUCAGUAAAGGUGAUACCACCACCAACAUGAGAGUCCAGGGCUGCCUAGCCCAAGGAGGCUGCAACCUGCUUAAUGGGACCCAGAGAAUUGGUGCCCUGAGUUUGAGUGAGAACUGUAAUGCUAACGAUUUUCUGAGCUGUCACUCAGGGAUCAUGGUGAAGACUCUUCCAGAACUGUCUCGGGAACCCGUGGAGUGGACCACAUACAGUAGCAAGAUGUGCAAUAUUGGGGAGGUGUGUCAGGAGACACUGUUGCUUAUUGAUUCAGGAUACAAAUCCCUUCUACUGGGGAGCAAAGGUUGUACCUUGCCUGGGACACAAGAUUCCCAGAAGGUCUCCAUACACUCGGGCCCCCCCAACGUGCUUGCUGCCUCCUACACCCAUGUCUGCAACUCCAAUUGGUGCAACAAAGCUGAUAAUAGCAGCGUCCUGCUGAACACCCUCCCUCGCCCAGCUUCCCCUGCUCCUGAAGGCUUCAAGUGUCCUGUCUGUGUGAAUGUCUUCGGAAUCUGUUGGGACUCCAAAAUCAUAACAUGCCCUGUCAAUGCCACUUACUGUUACACAGGAUACAUCCAUCUAAAUGGAGGUGGAGUGUCCACCAUAAUGAACGUUCAGGGCUGCAUGGUCAAAUCUUCCAGCAGGUUGUUUAAAAAUACUCAGAAUAUUGGCGUGUUCUCAGUGAUUGAGGAAACUCAGAACGAGCCUCCUUCUCAAGAUGGGGUCGCCCCUGCACCCUACCUGACUUGGGUGGAGCCACCUACGCUUCCCUAA